GCAAGCGCCCAAGGUGCCGCCGCAGCGAUGUGACCUUCCGGGCUGCCAGGACAGGAUGACCGGAGCCAAUGCCCCGCGGCGCCCGCGGCUAACCACGGCUUACCAGGCGCUCUGACCUUGCGCGCUCCCAGCUCCGUCCCCGCCCCGGUACGGUCCAGCCCCGGCCCCCGCCAUGCCGCCACAGCCCGGGCCCGCCGCCGCCCUGGGCACCGCGCUGCUGCUGCUCCUGCUGGCCUCCGAGUCUGCGCACACCGUGCUGCUGCGGGCGCGGGAAGCGGCGCAGUUCCUGCGGCCCAGGCAGCGUCGCGCCUAUCAGGUCUUUGAAGAGGCCAAGCAGGGGCACCUGGAGCGGGAGUGCGUGGAGGAGCUGUGCACUAAGGAGGAGGCCCGGGAGGUGUUCGAGAACGACCCCGAGACGGACUACUUCUACCCACGAUACCUAGCGUGCAUCAGCAAACAUGGGUCUCCGUAUACCAAAAGCCCAGAUUUUGUCUCAUGUGUUCAAAAACUGCCUGACCAGUGCACUCCAAACCCCUGCAAUGUGGAAGGGACUCAAGACUGCCAAGACCUCAUGGGCAACUUCUUCUGCCUGUGCAAAGUUGGCUGGGGGGGCCGGCUCUGUGACAAAGAUGUCAACGAGUGCCACCAACAGAAUGGCGGCUGCAGCCAGAUCUGCCACAAUAAGCCAGGCAGCUUCCACUGCGCCUGCCACAGUGGCUUUGAGCUUUCCACAGACGGCAGGACCUGCCAAGACACAGAUGAGUGUGCGGCCCCUGAGGCCUGUGGAGAGGCGCGCUGCGAGAACCUGCCCGGCUCCUAUUCCUGCCCCUGCGACGAGGGCUAUGCAUACAGCCCCCAGGAGAAGGCCUGCCAAGAUGUGGACGAGUGUCUGCAGGGCCGCUGCCAGCAGGCCUGCAUCAACUCCCCAGGGAGCUACACUUGCCACUGUGAUGGACGCGGGGGCUUCAAGCUAUCCCUGGACAUGGACACCUGUGAGGACAUCCUGCCCUGUGUGCCCUUCGGUGUGGCCAAGAGUGUGAAGUCCUUGUACCUGGGCCGGAUGUUCAGCGGGACCCCUGUGAUCAGGCUGCGCUUCAAGCGGCUGCAGCCCACCCGGCUCGUGGCUGAGUUUGACUUCCGGACCUUUGACCCCGAGGGCGUCCUCUUCUUCGCCGGAGGCCGCCAGGACAGCACCUGGAUUGUGCUGGCCCUGCGGGCUGGCCGGUUGGAGCUGCAGCUACGCUACAAUGGUGUGGGCCGUGUCACCAGCAGUGGGCCUGUCAUCAACCAUGGCACGUGGCAGACAAUCUCCGUGGAGGAGCUGGAACGCAAUCUGGUGGUGAAGGUGAACAAGGAUGCUGUUAUGAAGAUAGCGGUGGCUGGGGACCUGUUUCAGCGGGACAGAGGCCUGUACCACCUGAAUCUCACCGUGGGUGGCAUCCCCUUCAAGGAGAAAGAACUGGUGCAGCCGAUCAACCCUCGUCUGGAUGGCUGCAUGAGGAGCUGGAAUUGGCUGAACAGUGAAGACACAAUUAUCCAAGAAACAGUGAAAGUGAACACGAAGAUGCAGUGCUUCUCUGUGACAGAGAAGGGGUCCUUUUACCCUGGGACAGGGUUUGCUUUCUAUAGCCUCAAUUACAUGCGGACUUCCUUGGACACGGGGACUGAAACCACCUGGGAGAUAAAAGUCAUGGCUCGGAUCCGUCCUGCCACUGACACAGGGGUGCUGCUUGCCCUCUGCGCACCUGACCACCGCACUGUGCCGCUCUCCGUGGCACUGGUCGACUACCACUCCACAAAGAAGCUCAAGAAACAGCUGGUGGUCUUGGCAGUGGAGAGCGUGGUGCUGGCCUUGGUAGAGAUCAAGGCCUGUGAUGGGCAGGAGCACGAGGUCUCUGUUUCCUUGAAGGAGGGCGAAGCCACCUUGGAGGUGGAUGGCACCCGUGGCUGGAGCGAGGCCAGUGCCACCCAGCUGCAGGAAAGGCUGGACACACUCAGGCGGCACCUGCAUGACCCAGUGCUAACCUUCACCGGGGGGCUGCCAGACGUGCCAGUGACCGCAGCGCCAGUCACAGCGUUCUACCGUGGUUGCAUGACGCUGGAGGUGAACAGGAGGCUGCUGGACCUCGAUGAGGCUGCAUACAAGCACAGUGACAUUACCUCCCACUCCUGCCCUCCAGUGGAGCCCACAGCGCCCUAGGCCCUGCUACAUGACACUCUGCAAGCAGGAUUCCUCAUGCCUUUCUCCUAAAACCCAGAAGGACAAUGGGCCUGAAUUACCUACCCCCCAGCUCUGCGGUUUAUCCAGAGAGUAGGGGGCUCUUCAGCAGAGCCUGUGCCUGUAAAUACCUGUAAAUAGACUGGGGGUGCUGGUCAACAGCGCCACCACAAGGUCCCGGGGAGAGCCCACCCGGUGUGGGAAGACUCAAAGAACAUAACGCUCUAUUAUUUUUAUUACCAAAUGCUUCUUUCUGACACUAAAACAUGGAAAAUAAAAUAUUUACAGAAAACUUUAA